AUGCGGCCCGCGCUCGCCGCGAUCGCGGCUUGCAUCGUAGUUGUGCGCGCCGAGCCGUCUGCGCGCCUCAUCCCGCGCAAUACUACACCUCAACACGUCCUUUCAUGUAGCGAUGGGCUCGUUCUCCCCGCGUGGAAACCCCUCGAAGAUGUGCCGACCCUCGAAAUUGCCUUUCGCGGCGUUAUUUACUUUUUAGCUCUCAUGUACCUCUUCAUUGGAGUUUCAAUCGUUUCUGAUAGAUUUAUGGCCGCUAUAGAAGUUAUCACUUCGAGAGAGAAAGAGGUGCGCGUACGACGAAAUGGCAGCGAACAGAUUGUUGUUGUUAGAGUUUGGAAUGAGACCGUUGCUAAUUUAACUUUGAUGGCUUUAGGAUCCAGCGCACCUGAGAUCUUAUUAUCUGUCAUUGAAAUAGCAGGCAAGAAUUUUGAAGCUGGUGAUUUAGGUCCAGGAACCAUUGUUGGAUCAGCCGCUUAUAAUUUGUUUGUCAUCAUAGCCAUCUGUGUAAGUGUAAUACCAGAUGGAGAAGUAAGGAAAAUCAAACAUCUGAGAGUGUUUCUAGUGACAGCGACGUGGUCCAUUUUUGCUUAUGUAUGGCUCUAUCUUAUAUUAGACGUAAUAUCACCCAGUGAAGUUGAAAUGUGGGAAGGUGCUGUCACGUUUCUUUUCUUCCCAGCUACGGUUUUGACGGCAUAUAUUGCAGACCGACGGUUGCUAGUUUACAAAUAUCUGAAAAAAGGAUAUCGCGUAAAUGAGCGAGGAGUUAUAGUUGAGGGUGAGGGUGAUGGUUCAGUUGAAAUGGCUCUUAAACCGAGUGGAGAUGAGUUUGCUUCGGAUGAUGAAGAAGGCAGGGAAAUUGAAAAAUCUAGAAGAGAAUACGUAACAGUACUGCGUGAAUUAAGAAGACAACAUCCAGAAGAAGAUUUAGAAACAGUUGAAAGGAUGGCAUUGGAAACUUUGAUGUCAAAAGGUCCCAAGUCAAGAGCGUUUUAUAGAGUAGCAGCUACUCGGAAAAUGACUGGUGGAGGAGAUUUCUCUAGAAAAAUUUCAGAACGAGCUCAAAGUGAUCUUAGCGAAGUGAAAGCAGAAUUACAGCGACGGGAGUCAGGAACACCAACUCUCGAACCACGUGGGCCAAACGUUCGUUUUGAUCCAGACCACUACACAGUUAUGGAAAAUUGCGGAUCGUUUGAUGUAAGAGUCAUUAGAGCCGGUGAUUUAAACGGCGAAGUAACUGUUCAUUAUACUACUGAAGAUGGAACAGCAGAAGCUGGGUCAGACUACAUAGCGGCGCAAGGAGCCUUAGUCUUUCGGCAAGGAGAGACGGAAAAGACCUUUAGCGUUCAAGUAAUAGAUGAUGACGUCUUCGAAGAAGAUGAGCAUUUUUACGUACGCUUGAAAACUCCUAGAGGUGCUACUUUAGCGUCACCAUCUACGGCCACUGUAGUGAUUUUAGACGAUGAUCAUUCUGGUGUGUUUUCUUUUCCUACGCGUGACUUUGAACUCACAGAAUCUGUAGGGACCUUUGAUUUGAAAGUCGUGAGAACGGCGGGUGCCCGCGGCAAGGUCAGGGUGCCAUACUGGACAGAAGAUGGUACUGCGAAGAACGGGGUGCAAUACGAAGCCGCACAAGGCCACAUUGUGUUCGAAAACAACGAAACUGAGUAA